ACCCAUCUUUGUUUUAAGCAUUUUCAUUUCAGAAAUUGGAAAUUUUUAUACGUAUAAAUUAAAGUUGUUGUGGACGAUCGUGAAAAAUAUAAUUGGGAAAUAUAGUGUAAACAUAUUCAAUUUUCAAGUGAUUGCAGUCCCAAAGAUGAUCUUUGUACUUUCCGGACAAGGGAGUUCGACCCAAGAUAAGCGAUAGGCAAACACGAGAAUUGUAAAACAUUCCUUUUUACGCUCGGAAUUUACACAUAACGUUCGUUUAUCCGAAUAAAUGUCCCACAUAAAUUCUCAAAACUUCCCCAAAAUUAGAUAUCACCAGUGGAAUUUCGAAUUUCUUCAGCCCCCACGAGGCACAUUUCAUAGACCGCUUUCGAGAGAACCAGCGGUUACAACCAGUUUCACCAAUCGACAUGGAACCUUCCAAGAUCUUAUUACACCGUAAUACCUCGAUGGCAGAUUACUCGGAAGUUCGGACGAACGAUCCACUUAGUGAUCUGGAUUCGCCCCUUCACACACGUGCUGGAAAUAAAUUCAGCGAAUGUGAUCUUGUUGAAGGUGAGAUGGGGGUACGCAGUGAUGAUGACGACGAAUUCAUUUCGGCAGACGUCAAAAUGAUUCUUCGUAAGAGACGUGGAUGGGGUCAUGACGACUCCUUAAGCACUCACGAUCUGGAUUUGCUUGGUGAAGAUGAUGACGUAUUAGCUGAGGAAGAUGAUGCAGGUUGUCCAUUGCCUUCAACUCCUGAGGAUACGCAACUCAUAGAAGCUGAAAUGACGGAAGUAUUAAAGGCUGGCGUUCUUUCGGAUGAAAUUGAUUUGGGAGCAUUGGCCCAUAAUGCAGCUGAACAGGCAGAAGAAUUUGUGCGCAAGGUGUGGGAAGCUAGUUGGAAGGUGUGCCACUACAAGAACCUUCCAAAGUGGUUGCAGGAUAAUGACUUUUUGCACCGUGGACAUCGUCCUCCACUACCUUCGUUUAGUGCUUGCUUCAAAUCAAUCUUUCGUUUGCAUACGGAAACUGGCAACAUUUGGACUCAUCUGUUAGGCUGCGUAGCUUUCAUUGGCGUAGCAUGCUACUUUCUGUCACGCCCAUCUGUGGAAAUUCAAUUCCAGGAGAAACUGAUCUUUGGCGCAUUUUUCGUGGGUGCCAUAAUCUGUUUGGGUUUUUCAUUCGCUUUUCAUACGCUCAGUUGUCACUCUGUUGAAAUCGGAAGACUGUUUUCAAAAUUAGAUUAUUGCGGAAUCGCUCUACUAAUCAUGGGCUCAUUCGUACCCUGGCUUUAUUACGGAUUCUAUUGCCACUAUCAGCCCAAAGUGAUUUACUUAUCGGUCGUGUGUGUGCUGGGAUGUUUGUCAAUAAUUGUGUCGCUGUGGGAUAAAUUCUCUGAACCUGCUUUCCGACCCCUGCGUGCUGGUGUAUUCAUGUGUUUUGGUUUAUCCGGUGUAAUUCCAGCUAUACAUUACGGUGUGAUGGAAGGAUGGUUCAGUCAAAUUAGCCAGUCUAGCUUGGGAUGGCUUGUGUUAAUGGGCUUUUUGUACAUACUGGGAGCACUGCUUUACGCCUUGCGGGUGCCGGAAAGAUGGUUCCCCGGAAAAUUUGAUCUAUGGUUUCAAUCCCAUCAACUAUUUCAUAUUUUAGUAAUAGCCGCUGCUUUUGUACAUUACCAUGGUAUUUCUGAAAUGGCCAUGUACCGAGUAACUGUAGGCGAGUGCACAGUUCCCCAUGAGCCGAUUACUUUCUAAGACGACCAUUCUGCUGAAUACCUAAUAAUAAAAUAUAGAAAAUAGAAUAUAUUACAAACAUCGCCACCCACAAGUUAUUUAGAGUUCUCAAUCAAAACACUUUAGUUCUGGUAUAUAGCGCGAUGUCAAACAGUAUGGUAUGUAUAUCGGCAAAAGUCGUCCUCAAGAACAGUCGAAUAAAGUUUUCCGCAUAACAAGUGUGACUAUUGCCACAUCUAUGUAUCUAUCUGCGAACGCUACACAUCACAUUUCAUUCCCAAAAAUGUUGGCUUGCAUAUUGAUCAUAAACACAUUGUAGUGAAGAGUUAAAUACUUUUAAGUUGAUGCGAAGCAAAAUUCCAAACACUUUGAUAAGAAAUGUAUUAAAUGUUAAUCCAAAAUCAAAUAAUUUAGCAGCGUGAUGACACUUCUGUUCUGAAUAUAAAUAUUCAGACGAAAGGCAAAAUUAACGCUCUCUUAAACUUUAUUUAACCACAUACCGAACACAAAUAAAAUUUUUAAUUCUAUUUUUAUUUCUAAUUAUAGUAAAUGUAUUUUAAUAAAACCCAUAGACAACGUAUCAAAA